CAUCUCCUGGAGCCGCCGAGAUACGAGUCGCCUUGUGCCGGGUCGCCCCCGGGGAAGGGGGGGACCGGCUUGGCAGAGAUGUGGCCGAAACCGGGCACGGAUGUGAUCAAAAAAGCGGCGGGAGCUCGCAGCCAAUGUCCCGUGGUGCCAGCCAGCGGCCGCCUCCCCUCCUGCUAACCCAUCCACUCCCGGGGCAGCCGAGUCUGGAUGCGACUCGUCCAAGUCGGGCAGCCCGCUCCACUUCAGCAGCGCUCCGGGGACAGGCAGCAUGAACCGGCCCACCUGCCCACGGUGGCUCCUCGCCGCCAAGUGUUGCUGGCUCUUGGCCGCCGUGCACAGAGGCCACGGGCAGGAACAUGCCCACUCCAUCCGGCUGGAGGGAGAACUCAUCCUGGGGGGACUCUUCCCCGUCCACUCCCGGGGCGCGGCCGGGGCGGCUUGCGGCGAGAUCAAGAAGGAGAAGGGCAUUCACAGGAUGGAAGCUAUGCUCCACGCGGUGGACCAGCUCAACCGCGACCCGGACAUCCUGGCCAACAUCACGCUGGGUGUCCGCAUCCUCGACACUUGCUCCAGGGACACUUACGCCCUGGAGCAGUCCCUGACUUUCGUCCAAGCCCUGAUUGAGAAGGACGCCACGGACGUGAGGUGCGCUAGCGGGGAACCCCCCAUCAUCGCCAAACCGGACAAGAUCGUGGGAGUUAUAGGCGCCUCUGCGAGCUCCGUCUCCAUCAUGGUCGCCAACAUACUCAGACUUUUCAAGAUCCCGCAGAUCAGCUACGCAUCGACGGCCCCGGAACUGAGUGACAACAGCCGGUAUGACUUCUUCUCCCGAGUGGUCCCUCCCGACUCGUACCAGGUGCAGGCGAUGGUGGAUAUUGUCACCGCCCUGGGAUGGAACUACGUCUCCACUCUGGCCUCCGAGGGUAACUACGGGGAGAGCGGCGUGGAGGCAUUCAUGCACAUCUCCAGGGAAACUGGUACUGUUUGUAUUGCCCAAUCGCUGAAAAUCCCUCGCGAGCCGAGACAGGGAGAAUUUGACAAGAUUAUAAAACGCUUGCUGGAAACGCCUAACGCUCGUGGGAUCAUUAUAUUCGCAAAUGAAGAUGAUAUCAGCCGUCUACUGGAAGCCACCAGAAGAUCUAAUCAGACGAAGCACUUCCUCUGGGUCGGCUCAGACAGCUGGGGUUCAAAGGUCGCCCCGGUUCACCUUCAUGAAGAGGUCGCUGAAGGGGCCGUGACCAUCCUGCCAAAGAGAGCCUCGAUUGAAGGCUUCGACAGGUACUUCAGAAGCCGCACGUUGGAGAACAACAGGAGAAAUGUCUGGUUUGCUGAGUUCUGGGAGGAGAACUUCAAUUGCAAACUGAGCUGGCACGGGAAGCGGAACAGCAAGAUCAAGAAAUGCACAGGACUGGAAAGAAUUGGAAGGGACUCGUCAUAUGAACAGGAGGGGAAAGUGCAGUUUGUCAUUGACGCAGUGUAUUCCAUGGCACAUGCCCUGCACAACAUGCACAAGGAACUGUGUCCUGGUUACGUUGGCCUCUGCCCAUCGAUGAACUCCAUAGAUGGCAGGGAAUUGCUUCAGUUCAUCCGAGCUAUAAACUUCAAUGGAAGUGCCGGUACUCCUGUGAUGUUUAAUAAAAAUGGAGAUGCUCCUGGGAGAUAUGACAUCUACCAAUAUCAGAUCACCAACACGUCCUCACAUGGGUAUCGGGUUAUUGGACAGUGGACUGACAAUCUUCAUCUCAACGUGAAGGACAUGCAUUGGGGCGGAGUAGAUCCCACCAUCCCGCAGUCGGUGUGCAGCCUGCCCUGCAAGGCUGGCGAGAGAAAGAAGACGGUGAAAGGGGUGCCCUGCUGUUGGCACUGCGAGCGCUGCGAAGGCUACCACUACCUGGUGGACGAGUCGACCUGCCAAAUGUGCCCGUUCAACCGCAAGCCCAACGCCAACGGCACCGACUGCCAGCUCAUCCCCAUCAUCAAGCUGGAGUGGCACUCCCCGUGGGCCAUCGUGCCCGUCUUCAUCGCCAUGCUUGGCAUCAUCGCCACCACCUUUGUCAUCACCACCUUCAUCCGCUACAACGAGACCCCCAUAGUCAGGGCGUCCGGCCGGGAGCUGAGUUAUGUCUUGCUGACUGGAAUAUUCUUGUGCUACGCCGUCACCUUCCUAAUGAUUGCCACCCCCGAUAUCGUUCUCUGUUCCUUCCGUCGGAUCUUCCUGGGGCUGGGCAUGUGUAUUAGUUAUGCCGCGCUGCUCACCAAGACUAACAGAAUUCACCGAAUCUUUGAGCAGGGUAAGGCUUCGGUCUCAGCACCCAGGUUCAUCAGCCCGGCCUCCCAGCUGGUGAUCACCUUUAGCCUCAUUUCCCUGCAGCUUCUGGGAGUCUUCAUCUGGUUCGCCGUGGACCCUCCCCACACCAUCGUGGACUACGGUGAGCAGCGGACUGUGGACCCGGAGAAGGCCAGGGGCGUCCUCAAGUGUGACAUUUCUGACCUCUCUCUCAUCUGCUCCCUGGGGUACAGCAUUCUGCUGAUGGUCACAUGCACUGUGUACGCAAUUAAAACCAGAGGCGUUCCAGAGACCUUCAACGAAGCCAAACCCAUCGGUUUCACCAUGUACACCACCUGCAUUAUAUGGUUAGCUUUUAUUCCAAUAUUUUUUGGCACAGCCCAGUCCGCAGAAAAGAUGUACAUUCAGACGACCACCCUCACCAUAUCCAUGAGUCUAAGUGCUUCUGUAUCCCUGGGCAUGCUGUACAUGCCUAAGGUUUACAUUAUCAUCCUUCAUCCAGAGCAGAACAUGCAAAAACGCAAGCGUAGCUUCAAGGCGGUGGUGACGGCAGCCACGAUGACUACCAAACUGUCACAGAAAGCAAGUGAAAGGCCAAAUGGAGAGGUCAAAACAGAACUCUGCGAAAGCCUAGAAACAAACACCUCCUCCACCAAGACCACCUACAUCAGCUACAGCAACCAUGCAAACUGAGCGUAUCUGGUGCACAGCUUGAAGUAGUCCAACGGGGACUGCAUGCGUGAAGCCCACCUUCGCGUCCCAUCAUUUGGAAAGCGCUCUGGGGAGGAAGGACGGCCUGCGGUGGUGAUGAUGGGAUGGGGGGGCCACAGGGGAGAGAAGCCCCCUCCCCCCGGGCUCGGCAAGUGCGAGAUUGCCCCACCCCCCCUCCCCUUUGUGUAUUCCGAGACACGGCAUCCCAGUGACGAGGAAGACACACAAGGGCCAUCGACUGUUUGCACUCCUUGUGCGCGGGCCCUGAGCCCUGGGCCAGAGGGAAACCCAUGCCUGAUGUUCUAAUUGUAAGUCUAGUGACUGUGCAUCUAUCCUUUCGGUUCUGUGGUCUAUCUACCCUUGUUGCACCCUAGUUUUCGAGAGGCUCUUGUGCCCUGAGCCAAUGCAAUAAACAGGGCGUUCAAUGUGGAUCACAGCAUAGCGUGGCGUACAAUAAAUAAAUGCAAGGGUUGAAGAAGCAUGUCGACGUUUUAUAUGACUGAUUUAUUUGUAAUAAAGGAAUGUUUUUUUUUUGCAAAAUCCAGAGAUGUACAUUCUGUUUUGCGGGUUCCAGCGUGAUUUAUUUAUUUUUUUGUUUUUGUGCCGUGUGUGACUCUUUUACAAAAGCGACGGGGGCCAAAUGCUCACCACGUUCUCGUGUUUCCAUGAGCUCACCAUACAGGGCGACUGCACCCUGUCCAGGGGCUCGCACAGUGGGCGUGAAGCUCGGCCGCGGCCGUUCGGCACAUCAAGGCUGUUCUAGCCCCCACACCCUACCACUCCCCACCACACACACACACACAAUCAGACAAUGGCAGACCCAUGGUUUGUAAGAUCGCAGGUCGGUAUUAUUGCAUCCUCCCCGUGUUCUGUACGCGUACAGAAAGAUAUGCAAUGGGGGUGCGGGUUUUAGUUGCAAGUCGCAAGGGUCUUGGAGACAACAGUUGCACACAGCUCUCUGCUUGCCUCGCCCAUACAUUACAUGCAAGCAAAGAAUUUCACUGCCUAGUUACACGUGACAAAGUAUUAGUAUUCCAAUUCCACAUGCCCCCUCCCGCCUCUCUCUUGGCCCUUUGCAUUUAACUCAGGACAGCUGGGGAACACCUUUCGUACAUUUAGAUAGCGCCUACCUACCCUGUAGGAACUCUUUCCCUGGGGGACACAAGUUCCACAUAUACAACGACGCCAUUAAUGCAGUGAAUAGAUCAGCGGGAUGCAUAGAACAGUACGGUACAGGAACAGGCCCACAAAGUCUGUGCCGAAUAUAAAUGCCUAGGUAAACUAAUCUCAUAAGGUUGACGUGAUCCAUAUCCCUCCACUCUGCAGAUCUGGAGCAAAAAAUGCCAUUGAUCAGCUAAGUAGUUGUGCGGAUGUGUUAUUUUCUUGUCAUGAUAUCUCUAAACGUGUCCUCCCUAGACCAACCAGCUGAAUAUCAGCGUGUAAGGCACAAUAGUUAUACUAGGCGCAUCCCCUGGACCUGAGCUAAUUGCUCUGAUUAGUUGGCGUUGAAGCACCUGACUGCUGUCCUGAUUAGAUCGGCGGGACCCCAGCUCAGCAAGUCAUGAUUGCCCCUUUGAUGGGUCGCCCAGUUUUUCUUUUGCGGGCGCAAGGGACUGCAGAUGCUCGUUUACAGAGAGAGGGAGGACACAAAGUGCUGGAGUAACUCAAUGGGUCGGGCAGCAUCCCCUGAUGACACGGUGGCACAGCGGUAGAGUCUCUGCCUAACAGAGACCAGGUUUUCAUCCUGACUUCUGCGUGGGGUUUGCACGUUCUCCCUGUGACUAGUCAAGUCAAGUCACAUUUAUUUAUAUAGCACAUUUAAAAAACAACUCUCGUUGGCCAAAUGCUUUACAUUUGUUAUAAGAAUAGUAUAAACAAACAAACUACAUACAUAUAUACAUAUGGCCCUCGCUCAGUGGAUGUCAGGAAGGCUUGGGAGUAUAGAUAAGUGUUUAGUCUUGACUACGUGGGUUUUCUCUGGGUGCUCGGGUUUCCUCCCACACCCAUAAGACGCGCAGUUUGUAGGUUAAUUGGCUUCUGUGAAAUUGUCUCUAGUGUGUAGGGUAGAGCUGGCAGUGUAAGGGGUGAACGCUGAUCGGCACGGACUCAAUGGGCCGAAGGGCCUGUUUCCACGCUGUAUCCCUAGAACUAAAACAUAUCAAUAUCUAAUGUCGCCCGUUCCUUUUCUCCAGGGAUAGUGCAGCUGCGCCCGUCCCGUCCCGCUGAGUUACUCCAGCUUUCGGUCUCAACCAGCAUCUGUACAAUUCCUUCCCCGCGCACUUUGUGCCUUUGGUUCCCCUUCUGCCCGUCCAAGUCCAACUGGAGAGCGGCGGCUCCGCGGCGUAGUGCGGUGGACUUUGCCCGGCUGCUCCCUUUGGCGAGAAAGAAGCAGCUUUAUCCCUGGGGUCCGUGUAAUUAAUUUCACGUUAGCAAGCUCAGCCGCGGCCACAGGUAGGGGAGGGGAGAGGAGGGAGAGAGAAGAGCGCAGCAUUUGCAAAUAGAAUGUAUUAAGUUUACAAGCCCGAAAGCUCCCACCAGUGGAAUGAAUGUUUCACGCGUCUAUUGUGGUCCGGGGCCAGGCUGGCGAUGAGCAACAUUGCGGUACGUUUGUUGAUUUCCUCAUUUCUCCAGUCAGUGCUUCCAUUCGACAAGAACCGACAGGUCUCACCUAGCUACACAGACACAUUCUUGGGCUGUUUUUUUUUUUUUUUAAAGGACCACCCAUCAUAAAGCCCCCCCCCCCCCCCCC